GCGUACACGUACCUUGCCCAAUAUUGAAGUUGUUCGUCAAAAUAAUGAUAACCAUCCAACAAAUUCUUUGCUUGAAGAAAGCAAUCGCUCAAAUAACGAAGAUGUUCAAAGGCCGUUACCAAUUUCACUUGAUCUAAACCAUUCUAAAGUUAAUGCAGAAAUAUUUUGUAAAGACAAAAGCAGUACACCUCAUGAACCUGAUUCAAAGAUGAUAGAAUUGGAUCAUGAGAAAGCAAUCGAUUCUACAACUGCUUCACAAAGCAUGACUGAUAUUUUAAAGCGUAAACAGGAUCUUUUACAAGGGUUUGAUUGGAUCGGCGUUAGUAUUUCAUCUUCUAUCAAUGUUACGAACAAUGCAAAUUCUUCAGACUCCUUUGAAAAGACAAAUCGAUCGCGAUCUAUUAGUAGACGAUACUCUAAAGAGGCAUUAACAUCUACACAUUUUAGACGCUUGGACUCGCCAUCUUUAAGCACAAAAUUGUCUAAAGAAAGCAUGCAUGAAACAACGACCGUAGUAGACGUCGCUACAGUAAUUGAUUCAAUGGCACCAUUAGAACAAACCAAUACUUCUGAACCCUCGAUUAGUGAAUUUUCAAUAGAAUGGCAUCAUUUCUUAUCAGCAAAUGAUGAAUGCACUUCAAAAAUUGCUGAAUCCCCUCCACCAAGUUAUAUUGAUACAGACUUGAGAAUUCUCGAAGCAAAUAAUUCACCUAUUUCUACAUCAAGAACAAUAGAGACUUCUGCAUUGCAUUCUAUUGUCCCACAAUCUGUCAUUUCAACAAAUGUUGCAUGGAACAAUUUUUUGCGCACUAGUGAUGUAACAUCGAACGUAGAUUUUGACGAAGAUGACAAUGAAAAUUUAGACAUUAAUACCUCAAUAAGUGAGAUUAAUAGCUCUAAAUUAAGUUCCAAAAAAAUAGUUACGAAUAAAAAGUACAAGAGAAGCAAUUUUGACGAAUUUGCUAAAAACUCUAUCGAUAAUGAAGAUAAUUUAG